GAGAGCUAGGUGGGUGGAGGGAGCCGGGCGUGCGUGAGUUGCUCUUGACGGCAGUGUGGCGGAAAUGAACCUCCCUGCAAACCCUUUGACGACAGUCCCGUUUGAGCCGGAGCGCCACCCAACCGUGUGGUCGUCAUGGCGUCGCCCUUCAGCGGGGCAUUGCAGCUAACGGACCUAGAUGACUUCAUUGGGCCGUCUCAGGAUUGCAUAAAGCCUAUGAAAGUUGAAAAGAAACUUGGAAAAGGCACAGCCAAGAUUCAGAUUGAAGAUGAUGGGACUUAUUUCCAAGUUAAUCAAGAAGGAGGCUCUCAGAAACUUGAAAAAGCUAAAAUCUCUCUGAAUGACUGCUUAGCCUGCAGUGGCUGCAUUACUUCAGCCGAAAGUGUCUUAAUCACCCAGCAGAGCCAUGAAGAGCUAUACAAGGUUUUAAAUUGGAACAAAACCGCAGAGCCAAGCCAGCAAAAGCUAGUUGUCAUUUCAGUUUCACCACAGUCGAGAGCAUCGUUAGCAGCAAGAUUUCAACUGACUCCUCUAGAUACCGCCAAGAAAUUAACUGCUUUCUUUAAAAAUAGAGGAGUGCACUAUGUGUUUGACACAACUUUCUCAAGAAAUUUUAGCCUCUUGGAAAGCCAGCGAGAGUUUGUACAGCGAUUUCAAAGAUGCACAGAAUCCAAACAAGCCUUGCCCAUGUUGGCCUCUGCCUGCCCAGGUUGGAUCUGUUAUGCUGAGAAAACCCACGGAAGUUUUAUUAUUCCUUACAUUAGCACAGCUAAAUCUCCCCAACAGGUCAUGGGCAGCCUGAUCAAGGAUCACUUUGCACAGCAGCAGCAUUUAACCCCUGACAAGAUCUACCAUGUAACAGUGAUGCCCUGCUAUGACAAAAAGUUAGAAGCAUCAAGACCAGACUUUUUCAACCAAGAGUACCAAACUAGAGACGUAGACUGUGUAAUUACUACAGGGGAAAUAUUAAGGCUGCUGGAACAAGAGGGAGUCUCUUUGUCAGAUGUGGAGCCAGCCCCUCUGGAUGCUGAGUUUAGCUGUGUUUCUGGAGAGGAGCUCCUCGGCCACCACGGAGGUGGGUCUGGUGGUUAUUUAGAGCACAUAUUCCGAUACGCUGCCCAAGAACUCUUUGGAAUCCAGGUGGAUGAAAUCACCUACAAACCUCUGAAAAACAAAGAUUUCCAAGAAGUGACACUAGAAAGAGAUGGUACAGUUCUACUUCACUUUGCGUUGGCAUAUGGAUUUAGAAACAUUCAGAACUUAGUGCAGAAACUCAAGAGAGGAAAGUCUCCAUAUCAUUACGUGGAAGUCAUGGCUUGUCCAUCAGGUUGUUUAAAUGGUGGUGGUCAGAUCAAAGCAGAAGCUGUAUCCAGUAAGGACCUUCUCCAACAAGUUGAAAAGCUGUAUGAGAUGGUUAGGACUGUAAUGCCUGAGACAAGUUCAGAAAUUAAGGAAUUAUAUCAACAGUGGCUUAAAGGGGAAGACUCCAAAGAAGCUAGGAAAACAUUGCAUACACAGUAUCAUGCUAUAGAGAAGAUGAGCACUGGAUUUAACAUUAAGUGGUAGAGAGGCAGCGUGUCCAGCAUGCAAUUUCUGCUGAAUGGAUAAUAACACUGUGAAAAUCAAAGGCUGCUGAAGUUAACUGAGUUCAGCCCCACCAGAAGAAAUUCCAAUAAAGCCAUCACUCCAACGGCUCACUAAGAAAAACAAACUGCAAGACUAUUCCUGGAUCAAGUAUUAGAGCUAUAUUGGGGCAAAGGGGCUAUCAGAUAGAAAUAGAAACCAAGUUAAAAGAUGGGUUUCUGGUUGGAUGGGACAGAAGGCAUUUUUACAUUAUAUUUUAUCUGCCCUAGAGUUUUAACCAAGGAGAUUAAAAACUCUAGACUCUCUCCCCUCUCUGGUCUCACCACCACCACCACCACCACCACCACCACCACCACCACCCCACCCCCUCCACAUACACCACCACCCCAACACCCAUUCAAUCUAGUCUUCAUAUAAGUGAUUUUGUAAACACUUCCAUGUAUUAUGUGACUUGAGUUUCUGUCACCAGGAUCUAAGAACCCUUGAUCUCUUUAGGUGUUUGUCUCUAUUAUUUUUACACAGGUGUUAUGAAAUUUUUCAAUAAUUCAAUGGUGCUAGUAUCAUUUUUUAAAAUUAGAUCACUAGCUGAUUGCCCCCAGAUAUUAAGAUUUUGCAAAGCAAAAUGUGAGUCUUAAGUCAUCCCCUGAAGAUACUUGUGGAUUGGGGAAAAUGAAAGUACCAGUUGCAACUGAGAUUGUCUUGACAAGAAUCUAGCCCUAAUUCCUUGGUGUUAUCAGUCAUGUUACAGAAUUUUGGAUUAAAGUCAUUUUCUUAGUCAAAUGAUAAAACUGCAAACCACCUGGGAUGAGAACAAAUGGCAUCUUCAGGUACUUAGGUUCAAUGUGUCAAGCAUCUAACCCACUCAGAUGCCUUAAGAAUUCAUCUGUGUGCUGCUGUCUCAGGUAAAGCAUAGUA